AGAAACCUGGAGAAUAAAACACAAGGAACCAGAAAUAAAAUACGAAGAACCAGAACCCUGUAGAAUAAAACAUGAGGAACCAGAAAUAAAACACGAAGAACCAGAAACCUGGAGAAUAAAACACGAGGAACAAGGAGUCGUGACUAAGGUUUAAAGCAAGCAGGAAUAUCAUCUGAACUGAGAUCUGCUGCUGUGAAGAUUAUGUUUUUUAAAGAGGAGAGUGAAGAGAACACGAGUGAACCAGAAACCUGGAGAAUAAAACACGAAGAACCAGAAACCUGGAGAAUAAAACACGAGGAACCAGAAACCUGGAGAAUAAAACAAGAGGAACCAGAAACCUGGAGAAUAAAACAGGAGGAACCAGAAACCUGGAGAAUAAAACAGGAUCAAGGAGAGUUUAAUGAAGAAAUUUGUGAAGAUGGGGAGAAAGAUCAUGUCAAAACUGGAGAAAAACCUUUGAGUUGCUCUCAAACCAAACAGAAAGAUUUGAAGAAAAGAAGAGCUAAGAAAUCUUUCACCUGCACUCAGUGUGGAAAGAGUUUGAAAAGAAAAAAUAGUUUUGAUGUUCACAUGAGAAUUCACACUGGAGAGAAACAGUACAAGUGUUCACACUGUUACAAAAGAUUUAAUCAGUCAACACAUCUGAAAACACACGAGAGGAUUCACACUGGAGAGAAACCGUACACAUGUGAUCAGUGCGGGAAGAGUUUUGCACGAAGAGGAACCCUUAUGACCCAUAUGAAAAUUCAUACAGGAGAGAAACCGUACACAUGUGAUCAAUGUGGAAAGAGUUUAAAGUGCAAAUAUAGUCUUGAGCGUCACAUGAUUGUUCAUACUGGAGAGAAACCAUACACAUGUGAUCAGUGUGGGAGGAAUUUUGCAUUGAAAGGAAUCCUUAUAACACAUAUGAGAAUUCAUACAGGAGAGAAACUGUACACUUGUGAUCAAUGUGGGAAGAGUUUGAUUAGCAAAUGUAGUCUUCAGAUUCACAUGAGAGUUCACACUGGUGAGAAACUGUACACUUGUGAUCAGUGCGGGAAGAGUUUCUCACACUCAGCAAACCUUAAGAGACACAUGAACAUCCACACUGGUGAGAAACUGUACUCGUGUGAUCAAUGUAGCAAAAGAUUUUUGAGGGCUUCAGACAUAAAGCAGCACCUGAAAGUUCAUACAAAGGAGAAACCACAUUCAUGUAAUUGUUGUAGAAAGAGUUUUUCACAUCUACAACAUUUGAAAGAACAUCAGAAAAUACAUGCUGCUGUGAGAGAGUACAUGUGCUUGGAGUGUGAAAAGACUUUUACUACAGCAAAGUGUUUAAAACUGCACCAGAGGAUUCACACUGGAGAAAAACCUUUCAAGUGUUCACACUGUGAUACGAGAUUCAGUCAUCCAGGAAAUCUGAAAAGACAUGAGAGGAUUCACACUGGAGAGAAACCGUAUCACUGCACUGAAUGUGAGAAGUGUUUCAGUCGUCCAUCUGCUCUAAACAAUCAUACAAAAAACUAUCACACAAAGUGUUUAAAACCGCAUGAGAGGAUUCACACUAGAGAGAAACCUUACAAGUGUUCACACUGUGACCAGAAAUUCAGUCAUUCAUCAAAUCUGAAAAGACAUGAGAGGAUUCACACUGGAGAGAAACCGUAUCACUGCAAUGAAUGUGGGAAAUGUUUCAAUCGUUCAUCUGCUCUACACAGUCAUACAAAAAACUACCACAAGUUGAUUGAAGAAAAUGAGGAGAAUGAAGAAUUAAGUGAAGCUGAGGAGAAAAAUCAAGUCAAAACUGAAGAAAAACUUGAGUUGCUCUCAAACCAAACAGAAAUAUUUAAAGAAAAGAAGAGCCAAGAAAUCUUUCACCUGCACUCAGUGUGGAAAGAGUUUGACAAGCAAAACGAGUCUUGAGCAUCACAUGAGAGUUCACACUGGUGAGAAACUGUACACUUUUGAUCAGUGCGGGAAAACAUUUUUGUGGGCUUCAGUCGUGAAGAAUCACUGAGAGUUCAUACAAAGGACAAGUCACAUUCAUGCAAUUUGUGUGGAAAUAAUUUUUUUUUGUUUCUACAAAAUUUGAAAGUACAUAAGAAAAUACAUACUGGUGUAAGAGAGUACAUGUGUUUUGAGUGUAAAUUUUUUUUGACUUUUAACUCAUCAUGCCACUGAGCUGCGUCUGGGACGUGUUUCAAAUAUUCAUCUGCUCUACACAGACAUAGCCUACAAAAAACAUUCACAGUAAGGCCCCAUAAACAAAGAUGCAUUUAGCUGUAUUCUUCCAGACGGAUCAAGCAUUUUGGGAGCCUGAAACCGCAAUUGUAUUUUUUUUUAAACCAGAUCCCAGAGUGGAUAAAUCUAAAAUUGACACCUGAUCUUUUUCGUGUGUACAGUAUGUGUAUAUUUUCUCAAACGGUGUUAUCAUCACCAUACGUCUUUACCCAUGGUGUUGAUGAGCCCUAAGUAGAUCGUCUUCAGAUCCAGCACUUUCAGAGUCGUCAACAAAUGUGAAACAAGAAUGCACGGAGCAAGAAAAUAUACAGUUUUCAGAAUAAAUCUGUUCUAACCAUGACAUGACAAAGAAACAUUAUCAUUUUCACAGUAAAUGAAGUUAAUCUUCAUCAUAGAAACCAGCUGAUUCAACUGAGAUUCAGAUCAACUAAGAGAUGGAGUCCCUCCACAAAGAACAAUGUAACAAAGGUUUUAUUCUUGUAUGUCAGUUUGUUUCAUGAUUGAAAUAAUAUCGUGCUUUCUUAUGAGUUUCAUUAAAUCCAUGUUCAGUUGUCUUAUAACACAUA